AUGGUAAUACACGUUACCACGCUACUAUUGGUAGCUUUUACGACAGUGCACUCGAAACCAGCACCAGAACCACCGGUGAGCUCGUAUUUCCCUCCGUCAUCGACUGGCGGUGGUAACUAUGGUCCACCCUCUGUUCCGGACACUUAUGGACCACCUCAGCAACCGCCUGUCGUUCACAAGCAUGUUUACGUGCACGUGCCACCUCCAGAAACACCAGAAUACAAACCACCAAAAUACAUACCACCCGCAGCGCCACCACAGAAGCAUUACAAGAUCGUGUUCAUAAAGGCGCCAACUCCACCAACCCCGACAGCUCCUGCUCUUCCACCGUUGUCACCUCAAGAUGAGGAGAAGACGUUGAUCUACGUGUUAGUGAAGAAGCCGGAAGAGGCGCCAGAUGUAGUACUCCCAACUCAAACACCAACGCAACCUAGUAAACCGGAGGUUUACUUCAUUAGAUAUAAGACACAGAAAGAAGCACAGAACGCAGAAUAUGGACCUCCGCAACAUACAGCACCUUCAGAUAACUAUGGUGCUCCACCAUCAAGCUCUGGCGGACCCUAUUAA